AUGUGCAGAGCCAUUCGUCAACGUGAUCUAUCUACCAAGAUUAAUUUCCUCCAAGACGUUGUUGGAGACAGCCAAUAUGAUUUCCUCAUCAUGACCUUCUGCGAUAGUAUCUUUGAAGAUUCAGACUUGAAAUUCUUUUUCCAGGGUUUCGAUGUGGAAGUGAUGGCCGCUCUCAUGAAGCGAUUGCUGAACAUUACCUUCCAAUCGUCAUCCAGAAUCGAUAUCUUUGACGAAGAUACUCGGUCCAAGAUUGUCCUUCGAAACUACGCACUCUUUGAAAUGGGCUUAAACGAAAAACAGUUCGAAAAGCUCGAAUCCCAUUUUGAAUUCGCUCUGCGCGAUGCUUGGCUGGACGCUGAGCUUGUCGAUGAAUGCAAGCAACGAUUUAGUGAUCUACGAAAGGUUUUCCAGAUGGAGGGCAAAGAAUUCGAGCACGCUGCCACGGCGAAUCGAGUAGUGGCAUGUCAAAUGAUUCUAGCUGCUGCCUCAUCAUCAUAA